AUGCCCACACUGCAGGACAUAGUAAAUGCAGUGACGUCUGGUCGUGAUGGGUCUGCUCCCCUGGAGUACAAGAAGGGAGCACGCUCUACAGGAGAGGGGGACCGGUACGAGGAGCGCAUGCUGGCCCUGGUCUUCCUCCGCUGCCUGAGGCGUGGGCUGCUCUUCCAGUUGUCUGCCAACAAUGGCGACGCAGGCAAGUUCGACGACCUGGUGCUGGUGUGGCGACCCGAGGGAUACAACGAGGCACACACCCUGUUCGUCCAGCUCAAGCACAGGAUCGGUCGCAGGUCCGUGACCCUCCGCGUUGGAGAGUGGCUCUCCGUGGCCCCUAACUCCGACUUUGGGCUCGGCAAGUAUUGCACCUCCUACGGAAAAAUUAGGGACUCACUGAAGACGGACAGACUCACAUUCGUCUUGCUAACGAAUGCCCAUCUAGGCAUUAACAGCGUAAACAUGUUUGAGCGCCAGACGAGCAGCGUCAGAGGGCUGGAGCUGAUACAAACUGGUGGCGAGCUGUACAUGCUCAACCCAAACAAUGAACAUGUGCCGGAGGCAGUGCGUAAGAACACCGGCUUUGUGAAUCAUUUCUACCUGAUGUGUAAGCAGAGGAAUUAUGAUGAGAUCAUGGGCGAGGUUUUCAGGGAGCUGGAAGAAUUGCUGGGCGCUGGUGAUACGUGUGAAUCCAUCUAUGACGGUUUGUGCAAGAGCCUCAGGGAGUGGAUGAACGCGCCUAAAGGAGUGUGCUUGACGAGUGGCUGGAGGAAGUGGCAGGCAAUUGUAGACGAAUACAUCCGGAAGGAGGUGACCGCGUGCAGAGCGCUAACCACCAAACUCAAGUACUGCAGUGUGGCGGAUGUUCGGGACUACAUGGAAAGCCGUAACCCGGCGUGGGUGAGGCCUCCAGAGAAGGGAAAGGCGGCUCUCUCUGCUACGAAGAUCCACCAAGCGCUACGUCAAGAACCCCAUAUGAUGGUGACUGUAGAACAGUUUAUUGAGCUGCGACACCAGAUUCUCCGCUGUUGGGGACCAUUUUGCCGAUGGCUGGUGAUUGUAGACGACGAUAGAGACGACAACAUUUUGUCUGAGCUGGUGACCGGGGAGAAGACUGAACGCCGUCUCGUCAUUGUGUCAUCGAGGGAAAGUAAUGGCUUCGUCGACACUUGCAAAUCAUCUGACACCUGUGACGACAGUUGGAACGAGUUUCUGGACGUCAACGUCAGGCUUAAUGGGGACCGCUACGAAUUCCGCCUGGGGGAUCUGGUAGCCGGUGUCGACGCUCUCAAGUCACUUGUGGACGGCGAACUUGCACUGUUGCUGGCUCUGGCACGGUUGACGCAGCCUCUGAGGAUGGGCCGGGAGCUAGAAACGCCGCCCUCCUACUACGUGCCGAGGAAGCUGGUGGACCGGCGGCUGGUGACGGACGAGUUCUUCUCGACUCUGGGGCACUGGGAUGUGUGUGUCAUCGACAGUGCGUCCUAUGAGCUACUGUCACGUAAAAUCAGCAGACAUUCUGUCACGAGUUUUGCAGACAUAAAAUGUUGGUUCCCUAAUCCACCUGAAAUAGACUGGCCCCUGUUUGUGUUGACAGACAAGCUGGAGACUAUUCGGGAGGAGUGUAGAAGUUGGGACUGUUUGAAUGUAUACAUGUUGCAGGGUUCUCACGAUGCGUGGGAGAUUGUUUCCUUCUCCGGGCAGCCUGAGAGAAUUCGAGACUAUACAAUAAAGCGGGAGAAAGAGCAGCUGGAAGCAUUGGACACUGCAAGUAAUAUAGUAAUUGUGGAGGGGAGACCCGGAGUGGGCAAGUCGACGAUGCUCUCCCAUGCGGCGCAGGAAAUAAAAAAAAGGGACUCUGCUUGCUGGCUAUUGAGAGUUAAUCUGUUGGACUUUUACGCCGUUUUAGAUCGCAGUGGCGGUGGUGCGAGUGCUGCUGAAGACAUCUUGAAGAGGACAGUCGUUAACGAGAAGGAGCUGGGCAGACUGGAGUACGCAUUGCUUUGCCACUGCCUGCUGCAGUCCCCGCGAGUCGUCUGUCUCGUGGACGGCUUCGACGAGGUGUGCCCGGACUAUGAGAACAAGUGCCUGGAGGUGUUGCCUCUGCUGGAGCCACGCCAGGGCAAGCUCCUGGUGACAACGAGGCCAGCAGCGCUGAAGCCCUUGGAGACGCGUAUGGGUGUGUUGGCGCACUCUUUGGAGCCUUUUAGCAAAUCAGAGCUAGAAGAUUUCUUCGCACAACACCCCUCGAGGGGAAACAUCCCACCCAGCAGUGGUCUCAGCAAGAGCUUAAGGAAUCUUCUGAGGAUUCCUCUCUUUGCUGAAAUGUUUGCGAACCUGUCACAGGAAAUACUUGAGACAAACGACAUUGUGACUCUGUACGAAGCUUUCUUCCAGAAUAAAUUCAGGAGGCUUUACGAGGAGAAAUGGGGCGACAACUUUUCUGCACCUGGGAAGAAGAGGGAGGUCGAAGAGGCGCAGAAGAGGCACGAGGAACAGCUGGGGCUGCUCGCAGCGUCAGUUCUAUUGUACAGUACCGAUACACUGCCAGUGCCACAGUUCGACAGCGGCUACUUCGUGAAAGCUGGAAUCGUAUACAAGUUCGUCGACGGAAAACCCACAUUCCUGCACAGGACGUUCGCCGAGUACUUUCUUGCCAAGUGGUGCUUCAUCGGGUAUAGGGAACAGAGUCGUUUGGUGGUGUACCGUGAGCUCUACCGGAGACAGACACUGGAGUUCUUCCUGGAGGCCUUCAACCGGAUGGCGGCGAGGAACCAGCCACUGUUGGAGGCGGUGCUGGAUGGGGACGAAGACAAGGUGGAGGCGCUGCUGAUCAGGGGUGCCGACCUCAAACAGGCAGAUGCGUGCGGGCGCAACGUGCUGCACGUGGCCGUAAGCAGCAGUGCACAGCGCUCGCUGAAUCUGCUGCCGUUGCUGUGCAGACACGCGAGGGCGGAUACACUGUCUGCAGAGGAUGGCCUGCUCAGGUGGACGCCUCUGAGGUAUGCCGCGGAGGCCUGGUGCUUCUCUGCCAUGGAUGUCCUGGCGGAAGCAGGUGCUGCACUCAGCAAUCCGGGGGUCUUCCCAGAGGCGCCGCACGAUCCUCGGAAGCUGCAGGCCUUGCUCCGGCGGAGGGGAUACUCGGACCUGUUCUACCACGUCUACCAAGUGAACAAUCCCUCAUGGAAAGGCGGGAAUUUCUAUGGAGAGGUGGAGUUUACCGCAUCCUUGAUCUCUGCAAAUUUGCCAAGAGAGCUGCUCAGGGUGAUGUGUCGAAAAGCCGCGGAAGAAGGCCACGGGAUGGUUUGCUACUUACUUUCAAAACUAGUGUCCAGAACAGUGGAUGAAAAACAGUCACGCCAGAAGACGCUGGUAAAACCACUCGCCAUACGUGGUUUUGCAGACCGUUUGAGAAAACUUCUGAAGGGUGGACAGCCAAAGAAAGCAUCUGCAGAGGCGGCUGUGCAGGGAGGGAGCAGUAGCCGCAGCUCCAGUUGUGCCACGGAGGUUCCAGAUGGGGGUGACCCAACCCAGCCAGAGGCUGAGGUGAUGCCGCCACAACCGGUGUCUUCAGCAGGCUCUAGUGGCAGUGGGAGGGGAGAAGACAGCAGCACCGGCCAUGUCAGGGAGGUUCCAGAUGGGGAUGCCCCACUCCAGCCAGAGGCUGAGGCAGGGUCUUCAGCAGACUCCAGUGGCAGCCGGCAGACAGGUCCAUGGCAAACGUAGUAGCACAUCGGUUUCUACGCACACAUAUAGAUUUAGAAGCAGAUGUGGCUUAGGUAGACAGGCCUGGUGGUGUAAGACUGUAUUAUGUCACUUCUUCUAGUGCCAUGGGGUGCAUUUCGUUGCUUGUAGCUAAAAACCGUUGUGGAAGUGACAUAGAAACGUAGCAACAGCUCGACAGCCCUCGACAUAACGACAGGGAGGGGCAGGAGGACAUUGUGAGGCUGAUUCUGCAGGGCGGAUUGGACACUGACGUCCAGAACUUGGACGAGGAUACAUCUCUGAUAUGUGUGGUAUAGAGGGGUCAUGUCGAGAGUGUGAGGCUGCUGGAUCUGCCACUGUAGAUCAACAGUAACAGUGUUCCUCUGCUCCUUGUCACCCUCAGUGACGCAAACACCUGCUGGUCUUAAGAUUUGAUUAGCCAGUCAACUGUUCUUUCAUGCAAUCGGGUUAUUCAGUUGAAUGAAACUCAACUCUGCAGCCCCAUCAGCUAUACAAAUGUUUUUCACACACUUUCCACGGUUUCAGUCAAUGUGAUACAACCGAGCGAAACAGUUGUUUAAUGGUCAUGUCAGUUAUAUGAAUGUUACAUCAUACACCUGCUUUGAGUAUUUUCAUUUAGAUACUUGUUCAGCCUUCUCGUUUAUUCAUUAGAUUGACAACUUCUUUUACACACUCACAACGUAUCUUACGUCAAAGAGAGAUAAAAAGGCUACAUUCUUAAAAGCGAAGCAUUUUGCAAAGUUAUUUGUUUAUUUACUUAAAUAUCAUGUUUUUCUACUUCUGACACUAUUACAC